UCAAUCCCAGCAGUAUGGUCUGGCUGACCCCCUCCAGAAAUGUUUGGAUGACACACCCCAUGAUCCCCAGCUUGGAAAGUCGACAUGAUGUCCCCCAGCAAUGUGUGGAGAGCAAUACCCGGCAUCCACAGCACACGGACAGAAACUGGUCUUUUCUAAAAUAUUAGAUGGCUGGCUGGGCACGAUGGGAGUUGGUGUCCAGCACAUGGAGGGGGUGGGCAGCAGUUGGUGUAGCUAACCACAAUCCAGAUUAUUGGGUGGUGGUCUGCCCUUUGGAAAGCUGCUCCCCCUGGUGACUGGUAGCGACAUGGCAGAGGCCUGGAGUGGUCCCAGGAAAGGAUCACAAGUUGAAGCAAGGUGGUGGCAGGGAAGGACCUGGAAGGACCCAUGGCCUCCCACAGCUUUCCAAAGGAGAGACCUGUGCUCCCCGGGGAGGCAACUGACUGUCAAGACACACAGAUGAAAAAGACACUGGCAUCUUUAUCUUUGUGUCACUCUCAAAUACAGACUCAGGGGAAUGUCUGACUGAUAUCUGGAAGAAUCCUGUUUGGCUUGUAAAGUCUAUUUUUGUGAAAGUAAGCCUCUUUAGUUUAACGGGACUUAAUUUCAGGCAAGUGCAUGUACAGUGGAGGCCUGAACAAACUUGUAGGCAAGAGAGAUUCUUUAGCCUCUUAUAAUGAAUCAGGGCCCUCUUCACACAGUCCAUGAAUGAAAGCAACUUCAGAGCUACAGGAUCCUUGUCUCUUCUAGGAUCUGCCUUUGAGCCCUGAGGGGAAAAUGGAUGUUCAAAGCCCAGCAAGAGAGACGAGAGCAAGAGGUCCUCAGGCCAUCCUGGUGGGGAGCAGUGAGGAAUUUUGGGAAAGGACUGGGCAAAAGACCCUAGAAGCAGAGGAGGUCCAUUUGGACGUCCAGCGCCGGCACUUCAGAGAGUUCCACUACCAGGAGGCUGAUGGGCCCCGAGAAGUUUGCAGCCGGCUCCACAGCCUUUGCCAUCAGUGGUUGAAGCCGGAAAAACACACAAAGACCCAGAUGCUGGACCUGGUGAUCCUGGAGCAGUUCCUGGCCAUCCUACCUCUGGAGAUGGAGAGCUGGGUCAGGGAAUGCGGGCCGGAGACCAGUUCCCAGGCAGUGGCCCUGGCAGAAGGGUUCCUCCUGAGCCAGGCAGAGGACAAGAAGCAGGUAGAGCUGCAGGCACUGGAACCACUGACGAAAGCAGGCGCAGAUUCCACUGGGAGGAAGAAGGGUCGGUCCAAUGCCAUUCACAACCUGUUCUUUGCUGAGCUCACACAACAGGGGGAUCAAACCUGGAGCACCACCCCAGGUCACAGAUGGAAGACUGAAAAGGACAAUGAGCCACAUUCAGAAGGAAACAAGCAGCAAGAAAUGGAAGAGAACUUCCAAAAUCAAGAAGGACUAAAACAGGAGGAAGGGGAACAAACAGAGCAGCUGGGGAAUGCAUUUUCUCAGCGGGGUAAUUUCCAAAAACUUCCAGUUUCUCAGGAAAAACAGAAAGGGACAAGAAGGAAUGACUGUCCAGCCUGUGGGAAAAGCUUCAAUCGCAAAUCAGACCUGAACGUCCAUUGGAGGAUCCACACAGGAGAGAAACCCUAUAAAUGCCUGGAGUGCGGAAAGAACUUCAGGCAGUUGGCAAGCCUCUCAUCACAUCAGAGAAUCCACACAGGAGAGAGACCGUAUAAAUGUGCCGAAUGUGGAAAGGGAUUUUAUGACAAAUCAAGCCUUGUUAUACACCAGAGAAUCCACACAGGGGAGAAACCAUACCGCUGCUCAAUAUGUGGAAAGGGCUUCCACCAGAGCUUCGGGCUCACAUCCCAUCAGAGAAUCCACACAGGAGAGAAGCCCUUUGCCUGCUCAGACUGUGGAAAGAGCUUUUAUGACAAACCACACCUUGUUAGGCACAGGAGAAUCCACACGGGGGAGAAACCAUAUACAUGCUCUGAAUGCGGGAAGAGCUUCAGCCAGAUCACAAGCUAUACUUCCCAUCAAAGAAUCCACACUGGAGAAAGGCCCUUUUUCUGCUCCAGCUGUGGAAAGAGCUUUUAUGACAAAUCCAACCUUCUGACACACCAAAGAAUUCACACGGGAGAGAAGCGAUAUAAAUGCCUGGAGUGUGGAAAGACCUUCAGCCAGAAAAAAAGUCUUACUUGCCAUCAGAGCAUUCACACGGGGGAGAAACCCUAUCACUGCCUGGAGUGUGGAAAAAAUUUUAGGCAGCAGACAGACCUGACCACACACCAAAAAAUCCACACUGGAGACAGACCCUACCAAUGCUUGGAGUGUGACAAGAGGUUCUAUAGAAAAGCCGAUCUAAACAGGCACCAGAAGGUUCACCCUGGGGGAGAAAGACCUAUUAUUGCUUGGAGCGUUGAGAUGGCUUCGGACGGUGUGUCAAUGCUGAGGCCUAUUGGGGAAUUUACACAGGAAAACCAGGGUUUAAGUUCGGAGAUUAAGCAGGAGGACCUUUAUUGCUAAUCGUGUCCCUAUCGGUCAUUGGAGAAUUCCCACAGCACAGACCAUUGCUCCAAAGGGAUGCCUAGAAUGUGGGAAGAGUGGAGAGGGCUGGAGAGCUCCAGAGGCUGCUUGCUUUUCUCCGACAUUUCUGCUGGGCUGAACAAAGCGAACGCCUUAGUGUGGUCUUCCCCCGAAUCCUCCUUGCGGUUCUAAGCAAAGGAGUGAAUUGUCAGGUCUGGGGAGCCAAGAGCCUCAUAUUGCAAAGCAGAUUUUCCUUCUGAUAUUCCGUUCAGAAUGAGCGGAUGUAUUUGAGGCAGGGUCUCUCAGAUGCAGCUGCUUGCAUGGAAAGACCAUUUCCAAACCCACCUCUGGCUGGUGCAAGGGAGGGGACACAGCCAGAGAAAAUGUGUAACGCCUAUUCAGAGGGUCUGACUUUGCCCCCUCUCACUUGUCUGCCUGCCAAGGGGUCAGAUCUUCCUAUCCAGGGAGACCUUCAAAUGGAUUAUUUCUUGUUUUUCCAUGACAAAUAUACCACAUCCCUUUGCUUGGACAAGGUAUUCAUCACAGCUGCUGUUCUUAACAUUUUCUCUGUGCUCAUUAAGUAAGCUCUUUCUUUUAAAGCACUUAUUUUUUUCUUUUGUCCUUUUUGCAUUGAUCUUUUCUUCUUAUGCUGCACUAUAGCUUUUUGUUGGCUGCAUUCUGGAAAGGUGGAGUGCAAGCGUUUUAAGCAAGUAUAUGAGCUAGAAGUGACACAACAUGGAGGUCUUUAUCACUGACCUCAUGGAUGGGAAGGCUUCUUCUCAGAAAUCUUUCAGCCCUUGGGGAGCUCUGGAGGCUCUGAAGGAAUGGGGAGGCCAAAGCCCCUGAACUGAUUGAUCAGGAACUCUGAGAAGGGCCUUCCCAUCAGGACUCUUGAUCCAUCCAGUGUCCACUCAGCCUGUUCAUUGUUGAAAGGCAAACAUGCUCUCUGAAAAGGCAUCUCUCGGAAUGGUGGUGCACCUGCUCUGGCUUGACCUGAUGGGAACGAAGUGAGCAGCAUUGCUUCUGAGCCAGUGGUGGCAUCCCCGGGCUGCAGCAAACCACCCACCCAAACUUCACAAUGAGAAGUGGCUGGUGACACUAGUAGGCAGCGCCCUGACCAUAAAAAUACUUUAGAUGCUGGAGAAAGUAGGGGAAAGACGCCGCUCCAAUUUCUGCAGGACCUCGGGAGCGUGCCAGAAAGAAGCCAAAGAACUAAGAUUCCUGGUUUGUGGGAGUUUCCCCUGCAGCUUUUCCUAGGGGCCCGGCUUCUUUGCAGCACUGCAGCCAGUGAUGUCUUCCCUCCUAGCCACUGCUCUUCCUUCUGCCUCCCAGAGCACGCUCUCGGCCUUCUCUGGCCUUCAUCAGGUACAAGUCCUGGAGGAAAAGGGCUAGAUUCUCAAGGAGAUCCCCCUGGUUUUCAUUAGAUGUUGUGGCUUAUAUUUACAACUACAAUUAAAUGCCCAUUCUCCUCAGUCCCAUUUGUGGAGCAUCCUGAAAUGAGGAUUUUUUGAGUGCAGUCCUGCUGAUGACCCAUCAACUCCCAGUCUUGGAGGCUAAUGAGUGUCCUGUGCAGGACUGGAAGAGGGAUGGAAGCAAUUUUAUUCUGUUCCACAUUUCUUCUCAGUGGGUUUCUUGCCUCUAGUGGCAGCAUUUCUAAAUGGCAUUAAAAGAGGCUGUGGAGGUCCCAGGAAAAAUUCUAGCCUGACCUCCCAAGUCACCUCUCAUCUUUGUCCACCCAAAUACCCUGUUACCCUUCUACAAAGUUCUUUUUGGAAGGGGGAAGGGGGCAGAUGGUGGAUUCUGCCCAGCUCAAAGGGCUAUCUCUGACCUCUGGUCCGGGUAUCCUACACCCCACGGAAGCACUCCAGGGGCCAUAGGGCUGUGAAUCAUGGAACAAGAGCCUGCCACACAAAGUUGGAACCAUGACAAUUCUGGCAGGAGAGUCAUCAAAAUGCUUAAGAGUGAGGGUUUCUGUUGCUUAAGUGUCCUGCAAAGGUUUUCUCUGCAUAUGUUUCUCCCUUCAGUCCCUUUAACAUCAGAAUAAACGGGAUUCAUUAAAA